CAACGCUGCGCAUGCGCAAGUUUGCAAACUAAAAUGGUGGAUGAACUCCCGGAAGCGAAGAACUGAAAGAGACAAUCAGUGCUAGAUUUUUCAAAACAUAUUGGUUUCUUCCACCGUUACUACUUUUUUGAGAACCAACAAGUGAUACAACAAACCAUCAAGACUCAUCAAGACUUAAAUCAUGGCAGACGAAGAGGUUGUAAUGACACCGUCCAAAAGGGGCAAGGUGACCCACAUCAAAAUAGAGCGCAAGAAGAAGCAGCAAGUAAACCCAGAGGAUGUGGUGCAUGUAGCUGGUGGGCAGCACCAGGGACUUGUUGUCAACAGACCAGAUGCUGCUGAUGAAGACCUUGGUAAACCACAGCUCCAGCUUGGCUUUAUGUGUUUCCUUGUUGACCAAAAGACAGAUGAACAAUAUGUAGAAAGCAGAAAGUUGAAAUUUUGGUAUGUCACUGGCUGCGAUUAUUACAAUCAAGUCACUACAGCAUAUGAAUUUUUCAAAGAGUUGGUCAGACCAGAAAAUUUCCCGAGAGACUAUGUCGGUUUCAUCAAAAAGUGCAUGAAGCAGAUGCAGAGUGACCGUUAUAAAUUGGCACGCAAGAUUGAUCUGGAAGUAGAACAUGUUGAUGCGGAAGAUGCCCCUAUGAGUCCAGGCCACUUUUUACCCUUGGAGCAGUUCGGACUUGAAAACAUAAAUGGUGUAGGCUUCAACAAAGUGGACACCCGGCCCAUUGAGGAGAUUGUGCGGGAGAAGCUGCUCACAGUGCUGGAGUCUGCCUACCCCAACGUUCUGUCUGUGGAGGAUCUGGUCAGGAUAACAGCAGCAGACGCUGCCGUCGUGAACAUGCAAUUGCAAGAACUUCAGGCCAGAGAAUUGAUUCAGCCCAUGGAAAACGGAGGCUUUGUACGUCGUGUGCUUGAUGAGAAGACAGAGGUGCAGAUGGUGAAGUCUAUGCCGAUGAUCGCCACCAACCUGCAGCCAACUAUUGCUAUCAUCACAGCGCAGUACUGCGAAAAGAUGGCUGUGGACGCUAUGAUGGAGAGCAAGACUACUUACGUCCGCUACAAGACUGAAGGAGAGUCCAAUGUGUACACGACUGGUCUGAUCGGCGAACACAAGGUGGUGACCACCAAGCUGCCCGCCAUUGGUCACUACAGGGCUGCACAGAUUUCCUCAGGCAAUACCACCACAAGACUGCUCGGUACAUUCCAGAACAUUGAGCACGUUUUUCUGGUGGGUUGCUCUGGCAGUGUGCCCCAUUUCACUGACUACUACAAACAUGGUCGUUUGGGUGAUGUGGUCAUCUCGACCUGCGACGACCGCGGCUACAUCUACUACUACUGCGAUAAGAUCAUGCAGGACAAGGAGGGCCAGAUCCAGUACCAACUGAAGACGUUCUCGCCCCGUGACCUGGAGUUGCAGCGUCUGGCAGAGAAGCUGCGGGAUACACUGCACCACGAGCCGAACUACGCCCCCUGGGAGCAAUACAUCGAGGAGGGUCAGGAGCUGCUACAGUCCCAGGAACAGGACUACACGCGGCCCGUGCGCGCUAAGGACAGGCUCUACAUGGGCAUUGGCGAGGGACAGGUGAUUGAGGUGCAGCACCCCGAGGCCCCCGACGGUGAGGCCAUCCGCGAGUCUCCCACCAUGAGGUUUGGUGUGUUUGGUGCCGGCCGACCGGUCAAGUCGGAGAUGUCCCGUCACGACUUUGCCUCACGCUACGGAAUCACGUCGUUUGACACAGAGUUUGACCAGGUCCUGGAGAGCAUUGUCGGAAACCGUAAAGACAGCUUCAUGUUUGUGCGAGGUCUGGCCGACUACGUGGAUGGCUCCAAAAACAAGGAGUGGCAGCCGUACGCAGCCCUGAGCGCGGCCGCGGUGGUCAAGUUCAUCAUCAUGUCCUUACGCAACCACCAGCUAGAGGAUCUCUAGAGGGUCCUCUAACGACUAGACACUCUAUAAUAGGAUACACUAAUAAUUAUUUUUGUUAUUGUUAUUAUUAUUAUUACUACAAUAUGUUGGGGGUUUUACGUUUCUCACCCAUACAGUGUCGGUACACGGUGCUCAUAGUACGUCAUUGUCUCUCUUCUGUUCGUAUUUUUCAGUUCUGUUUAUCCCAUAUUUAACACAAGUAUAUUGCAAAGUGUUUUCGGUCCCUAAGUGGAUGAUUAGUUUGUUCUGUGAAUGACUGUAUGAAAAGUAUAUUAUCGUUAUGAUUAGAAAUAAAAAUUAAGACACAUUUAGUUUCCACAUGAGGACCAUUCUGUUGAGAGGGAAAAAAAAUGCUGUACCGAUUCUGAAAUAUUCUAGAUUGUGUUGAAAUUGGCAGAAGUGACCUUCUUAAGGUUAGUUCCUUAAAAGUAACAGUGUUUGGUUUGUUCUGUCUAGCUGUGGUCUAAAAUAGAUUUAUUUUUUUUAAGCGCCUUGCUGAAUAUAUGGAACCUUUAUUAUCUGUAAAAUUGCCUGAAGUCAUUUGUAGAAAAGAGGGAGAGAGCCUUUGUUAUAAAUCCCCCGUCAGGAUUGUGUUCAGUCUUCCAGCUUCUUCCCACAAGGGACUGACGUAGAGGCACGGCAUCUCCUGAUGUUCCCUCUGAUGUUCUCUGGUCUCAGCACUCCUAAAAUGUGGGUUGUUCCGGAUUGUCCCGCUUUUUCGCACUCGGCGUCCUUUCUUUCCCCCCACCCCCCACCCCCACCACUGCGUAAUGCAGGCAGUGUCGUUCUGCUGUUCGCUUUUGUUUACUCCUGUGAGUACCGGAGUUCUAGCUGGGUUUGUGGGUGGCUAACUUACUGGCAAGAUACAGGUGACUAGAGUUUGGUGUAAAAUUGAAGUGGAAAGAAGGGUUUGAGCUUCAUGACAUAUAUUUACGGGCCUCUUUUUCAAAGACAUGUCUUUAUCUUAUGCUGUGCAGAAAAGUCUCCAUCCUGAUUAUCUUCUGUUCUGUAUAGUUACUUGUGCAACAGCUGCUAAGAGAAACUUGUUUGUUUUGACUGGAGUGCUCAUAGAACAUCAAAACACAACCACAGCACUCUGCUAUUAACAGCUCUCAGCCCUGUAUUUUUUCUUCUUUUUUUUAAACAGAGAAACAUUUCAUACAAAAUCUGAAUUAUAUGAUGUUUAUAAUGAAGGGACCAAACAGCAACUCAUUGUUUUCAACAGACAGUUGGUCCUCAUGUCACUAAUAUAAUUUAUAUUCAUACGUAUUUAUAUAUAAAUAUAUAUUUUUUCAUCCAAUGAUUCAUGUGGGUAGUCCAGACACAGCACUGCCUUUUGUCAGCACAGGGCGUAUGUUGUGUCUAUGAACUGUACCACAUCUGCUGGCAUUAGUUUGUUAGCCGUCGCUUCUAUAAAUAACCAGUUAGCAUACAUCAUUAUGCAAGUAGUAGUUAAGUUUUUGUUGUUGUUGAUACUGCCGCUGUUACAUUAUUUGUUCUCCUUCAACUUGUUAUGCACUAUUUCAUGAACUGACUUUUCAUAAAAGUUUUUGUUUGUUUGAGUCCUGAUGAGUAUUUUGUGGUCAGUGUUAACUUUAUAGCGGAGUGGGUGAACAAUGUUCAAAUAGCUGUUUUCUGUUCUCCUGGAUGAAUGUUCAUGCACAUGCAUGCAAGCAUGCUGGUACAAGCACACAGAUUACUCUGUAAAGAGAGGAUAAACUCAGCUAAGACGCAAACAGCAGCUUGAAAUUUUGACAUUUUGCUUGACUUGAAGUGAAUGAAUUUUAUAAAAGAGCUUUUUAAAAAACAUGAAGUCAUUGUGUCUUCGCUGACUAUUAAACUGUAUUUAGAAAAUAAUAAUUAAUUGGGAGAGGUGUUCACAGAGAAGUAGGUUUGUGAUCUGCUUGCUACUCAGAUCCUGUCUUUGAGUUUGAGCAGUCACUCUGCUAGGAUGCCUUGUUGCUACAUCUCCCAAGGUAUCCACUUUGUGAGAGAAAUCCCUCCUGCUUGUUGUAUCAGUUUCCACUGCCUUUAUACCUUUCAUUCAUUGCUUGAAUUUUGUUUUGUUUUGGGUUUUUACUUUGAAAUGCCUCCUCUACAAUGUGACAGUUGUUUGAUAUGGUAUUUAUAUAUGUUUGAUGAUAUGCCAAAUAAGUGUCAUCAAAUUCAUUGAUUUAGCGAUGAAUGAAUGGUUUGCAGCUUUCUUCGUAAGUUCUGUGUAAGAGGUGUUCAUUCAAGUGAAUAUCGUGGAGUUUUAAUCACCCAAUUCAUGUAAAUGAAAAAAUUAUGUUUGAAUGAAAUGUACAUGAAAUUAGUGAUGAAAUAUCCAUGUAGGGGCUGUGACAGAAAAGUUGCUCAGCCUUGGUGACUUACAAAGUGAGCUUUGUCUUCACUGUGUGGUGGACCAUGCCAGUUUAGUGAAAUAUUCUCCAGUAUGUUUUUGUGGAAGUUUUCUUUGGACUCGCAGAGUCCUUGGGUGAUUGAUACAGACAAACAGAGGCACUUUUAGGCUACGUAGAGGGGCUCAUUGGCUUCUCUUUCUCUAUUUGAGGAGAGUUAUGUUGAAACGAGAGCUCUUCUGUUUUCGUGAAUAUCACGAGAAAAAGAUCUUUGUUGAUUUGGAACCUGUGCUGAUGGAGAGCUCACAUAGCAGGUUUAUAAUUAUUUUGCGCUCUUCUGUUGUUGUGCUUCAUUAUGUAUAACAUAUGCAAGUGAAAGUGAAUUGUUAGGUUAGUUUGUUUCUGAACCAUGGUUUUUCAUUCUCGUGCCCUGGAUGUAACUUAAUAUGCUUAGAGUGUAGAUAAGCUAUGCCGCCCUGAUAGUGUAUUUGGGAAGACACUUGCUGCACUCUGAACAAAAUCAGUACCCAUAUGGCAAAAUGAAAUACUGCACAGUGAGUGUUUCUUAUUUAUUCCUUGAAGAGUGAAAGAAAUGGCUUCAAAGCGCAUAAUUUUUAGUGUUGACAAGGCAUAGACUUGACCAAAAGUGUCCUUAGUUUUGGACAGAGGAUAGGUGAUGGUCAGCUGCAUGUUUGAUGACCGAGUAGUUUUCUGUUACUACAGAGUAAGUUGGACAUUGUGUACUUAAAUCAGACCGGGUGUUUAUUUAGCUGCAAUUUGUGAUGUAUUUAUGUUAUCCUAAAUCAAAUUUCCAUUUUGAAAAGCUGUGAGAAGGGUAUUUUACAAGCCCUCGUUAACUUCUCUUGUUCAGGUUACAAGCCUUUUUUUUUGCGUGGGGUAUUUCAAGGUGUUUUUUUUUUAUUUUUCAAAUCUGUUGAAACAUUCCAGUGGUGCCUUUUUUCAUCUCUCAAGCAUUUUUUUUGUCAUGAUGAUUAGGUAAUCAUAUGUAUAUCCGUUCUGGAUUUUUUUUUAAUAUUUAAAAGCUCACAUUUUGCACUAGUAUAAAUAUAAAACUGAUAAUUUGACCUUUAUGGCUUCGUUUCAUUUUGCAUUUUUGUGUUUUAUUUUGCUUUUGCUAAAUUGACAAGAUAUUGUUUUUCUUCUAGAUGCAUUGUUCAGCAGCCAACAAAUAAUUUUUGUGUCAUAAGUCGAACAACAGGCUGAAGAGGUUGUGAGACUGAGCGAAAACGUAUUUAAUUUAUGCAACUUUUGUGUGUGCAUUUGAUAAUCUUUCAUAAUCACUAUGACAAUGGGUUUUUUACUGUUUUCACAAGGACAGCUAAAAUAAAUUAUGUUACAGCCCAAAGAUAUGCAACUGAAGUGCAUUCUGACUUUAGUUAUAGAAAGUUUUUAAGAUGACUGUUUAUCUUGUGAGUCCCAUAAACUGGGAGGGGUAGAGAGGAGAGAAAUAUUUCUGAUUUUGCAUCCAAGAUUUGAUGAGAGAGUUACUUUAGUUGGCUGCCUGACAACUGCUUUUAUUUAUUUCUGAAUGUAUUCAGAGAGCUUGGUUUGGAAUAUUUUUCACGCGAAUGAUUAAUAGUUGAGUUGCUUGCACCUGCAAAUUUCUUGUUGGUCUCUCACAUGCUGUUUAUUUUGUUGCUUGUUUGUUAUUCCAGCUCAGCAUUUCAGAUAUUACCAGAAGCACUGUGAAGAAUGUGCUACAGUCAUGUAUGAAUGAGAACUUCUGAUCAUGUGCGAAGGCUUUUGUUUACACAACUUUUCUUAAACUGUGGUAGGAUGGGUUGGAUUUUUUCUAUACAGUUAAACCUGUCCAGGACCACCAAUUGUUACAGAGAAAAGUGGUCAUCUCAGGCGGUCCUUUUGAACUGUGUCAUUAAUACGUAGUAAAAAAGCAAGAAGUCAAAAUGGGAUGUGGUCGUUUUUUUCAGGUAAUUAUAUCACAGACAGGGUAUCAUUAGAGCGGGUUUGACCAUAUUUGCAUUCUAUCACACCAAUCGAUGCCAGUAUGUGGAUGAAUUCUUGACGCUUUGAAAAAUGACAAAAUUUUAUCUGUUGUCAUAGGGACUAGCUAGAAAUCUUAACUCCGCUUAAGUUUGCUUUUAGAGCUAAGGCUAAAAGAUUUUCUGUGCUCAGCUUUUCAAACCAACGUCUGUAGUGUAAUAGUUAAAAGGAAUUUCCACAGGAAAUAAUCGUAUCGUUGUCUCUAGUUUCUUGUCUGAGGUGUUAUCUUGACUACCACACUAUUGCAACCAUACGAGUAUUUCUACUUGAAGUCACACACUCUUGCCAUGAAUUAAAAUUUUAUGUCCAUGAAUUUAUUGUAACUUUUGAAUAGUAUGUUUUAAUUCAAUCGAUGCUUGACUUUUAACUCAAAAUCUUUGGGACAAAUCUGAAUCAAAUUGAAGAACAUUAGUGUUGAGGAACUUGAUGCUGAAUAUUGGUUGUGGUUUUUUGGAGGGGUUUGGGUUUGUUGCAGUUUUCUUUGUGAUUGCAUAGGCACUGUUUUAUGUCUUUUUUACUGUAUAGAAUGACAAGAGCAGUGUAGCACUUAUACAGACAGGUAUGCUAGCAUAUGUCAAACUAUAAAAAAAAUAAAAGCAGAACGUGUGUGAUGUCAGGAGACCGCUGCAAAUUAAUUCCCAUAAAAUGAUCAUUGGGGAGAAGGCUUUCUGAAUAUUUUUUUUUAAAAUUUUUGGUUAUACCUGUGGUGGAAUGCAUAAUUUGUGGCAGCAAUACUUUGCUCACUGUUAUGCCCUAGUUUUUUGUGUGUGUGUUUGGGGGUUUUUUCCCUUGGAUGUUGUAACAAAAUGUAAGCCUGGGUGUGGGAGUUGAAAUGUCAUUCUUGUCUCAUUGUAAAGAGGACACCGAUUCAGCACCUGCUUAUGUCACCCCUUAGCUUGUGUUCUUGCCUACCCGUGUGCUGUUGACACCCAGCUCUGUGUAUUUGUUUGUGAUGUCUUAUCACCCUUCUUUAAGAUCUUUUAGAAUCUGUGCUGCUCUGCUUGGCAUGUAAAUUAAGUACCGGUAGUAAGAUUGUAUUCUGAUAAGACUGUUUGUCUUCAUACUUAUUUUUUUCUUAAAUCUUAUUUCAUCUAAAAAUACUUCUUAGUUGUCAUUUCUUGUUGUGCGUCUUUCACUCACAUCUCCGCCUCAUGCCAAUAUUUCCUUGUGACUCGUAUGAAUGACAUUUUCAUUUUCACAGCUUGAAUGAAUAGUGUGGUAUGAUAUACAAAUAUACAUCAUGUGUAUGCUUUUCUCUCUUGCUUUUUAAGUUUGCGUGAUUUAUUUCUCCCUAUAGAUGCUUAAUAUAGAUAUAGUUACAAUUGUACAGACUCCAGAAUAAUAAUAUGUAGAGUUUUAA